UUACAUUUGACGACAAAAUGAUAUUAAGAUUAUCCUUAGAAGAAGGAUUCUUUUUAAUAUAUGCAAUGAAUUGUAUUGAAAUCUAUGAUGGCUCACAGAAAUUGUCAAUCGAACAAUGUUGGAAUCUAUUUUCUAAUGCAGACCCAAAUUUUAUUAAAUGUUAUAUAAUUUAUCAUCAUUUUCGUAGUAAAGGAUGGAUUGUUAAGAGUGGAGAAAAAUUUGCUGGAAAUUAUAUUUUGUAUAAAAAUGGGCCACAAUUUUUCCAUGCUACGUAUAUUGUGAUAAUUGAUACAGAAAAUUCUGCGUCUUCAGAUAAAAAACAGUGGAAGCAAAUUUUACCUAUAAUUCGAGUCGCUGAAACAUGUAAAAAGGAAGUUAUAAUUGCUAGAAUUAUUACGCAUGGAAUAACAUCAUUUGAAGGAGUGAAAACACCGAUGAAUCUAAGUUCAGUUUCUGUUCAUGAAACGUUAGUACAAAGAUGGUUUAUUUCAGAUAAAUAAUAACUUUU